AUGACGAAUGAAAAAGGCAAGGAAGAAUGUAUCAAGAAACACGAGGCAGAAUGUGCCAAGACAUGCGAGCAAAAAUGUACAGACGAAUGCAAGCAAAAAUGUAUUAAAGAAUGCGAGGACAAGUGUACCAGGCCACAGUGGGAUACGAACAUAAUUAAAGGUUUUACACUCCCUUUCUGGCUUCUUUUUAGGUACAUCACUUACAUCAUUAAUAGCGACUGCAUCAAGGGUUGCAAAAACUCUGAACGUCGCAAAAACUCUGAGUCAUGUUGCGAGGCGUGUUGCCACGAUUGUACAAAUUUCUUUUUAGAUUCGUUGAAAUGUCUUGGUAUGUGUUUCAUAUUUUCAUUUUCUCUAGCUUUGUAUGUAGUUCUUGUAGCAUUUUGUUUGCUAAAAUUUUGUUUUAUUGACUUAAUAUUCCACUUUGUUUGGCCACAUCAUUGUCCUGCCAAGUGUUUCCCAAAAUUUUUGGUUUUUUUAUUAUUAAGGCUUGUAACUUUGGUCAUAUGCGUCCUUUUCACAGGCACAAUUUUUAUUUUCGCUCUUUCUGUAGUUGUUGGUUUAACUCUUAACGCAGAAUACUUUAACCCUUUCAUUGCACCCAUUUUGACUAUGAUAAUCUAUUUUUGGAAGAAUUGGAAGUUUUCUGUAGAAGCAAAAUGUUUGCAACUCAAAACGUUAAUUAUCAAAGUUUGUAAGGAGAAAGCAAGGGCACCGGAAAACGAACAGAUCUCAAAGAACAGUGGUACAAAUGUAAAUGGAGAAAAUAACAAUAAAUUGGCGGCCAAGGAUCGCUUUCUUGACUUCCUAUGCCCAUGCUUUCGAGAUACCAGUAAAGAUCCACACACCUGGAGAUGUGGAAAAAAUCUUUGCUGUUGCUCCAUGAAAAACACUAAUACCAGAAAUGGCGAAAAGCAGGACGUUACAACUGAAAUAAGUGGUAAUAGUAAAACCAGAGGACCUAGUGACAGCCAACCUUCACCAUCGAAAGCGUCAGGAGAUACUUCGGACACUGAAGGGAACAAUGCUAAAAAUGAUCGUAAAACCGAAGGAAAAAAGGAUCAGGAACAACAUGUAACACCUUCGGGAUAUCAUGAAGAAGGUAAAAGUGAAUCGGGUCGGUCUAGUGACAGCCGACCUGCAACAUCGAAUGCGUCAGGAUUUAAUAGAGACAAUUUGGGGAGUACAGGCGCUGAAAGUGAUCGUGGUAACGGUCGUAACAAGGAAGCAGAUACGGAUAAGAACAGUAAAGUAGACAACGAACUCGUUAUCAAAUUUGAUAAACAUGGCGAGGCAAUGAUUUCCAUAGAAUUUUACAAAAAAGUCGAGAAAGAAAUUCUUCGUUUGGACCAGCUUGUGUUCUAUUUCUUCAGAAGAAUGAUUCUCGUUGGUGUAUAUGUUUUAGGUUUCAUCAUCGUCAUGGUUGUAGUGCGGGAAUCGGGCCUUUCUGAAAGUGUGCAAUUAAUCAGUGCAAUAGCAGGCGCCCUGAUACUCUUUGUUUUUGACACGAUUUUUGCCGAACACCAUAUAUCACAAAAGAAUUCCAGGAAUGCGGCAACGAGGGAAAAACUUGAACAUAUCUUGAAAGUUAACAAAUAUGAAAACAACACUAUUUUUGUUGAAGUAAUUAAUAUUAACAACGAUAAAAGUCAAGGAAUUGCAGAACCUGUCGAAAAACCUGUCGAAGAGGGGGCUACCGCCCCUAGCAUGGUAUAA